AUGUCGACCUCCAAGUUGCCUUGCAUACCUUCACUUCGAAAGCAGCAGCUCCACCUGGAAUUCGCCAGCUUGAGACGUGCAGCACCGCCAGGAGUUUAUGUGAGCCUCGCGCCCGGAGACCCGACACUCUGGAAUGGAGUGAUUUUUGUUCGCUCAGGCCCCUAUGCUUCGGCCGUUCUCCGAUUCCAAAUCCGCUUCCCAGACACCUAUCCCGAUCUUCCUCCUCUAGUCACCUUCGCAACCGACCUGUUCCACCCAUUGAUUGUGCCUCUCACCACAUAUACCUUUAGCACUGGCUCGGCAAGUGAUAAUCCCGUCAGUGCAACGGAUGAUGAACGAUUGCCGCCUGGCGGAUUCAGUCUGCGCCAUGGAUUCCCUCAUUGGUUUGGUAGAGCAAAGCGGGGCAUGGCAUCAGGGAACACAUCACGGAAUGUAAGCGGUACUAGUGCAAGUGCUGCGUCGGCGGGACAUGCAAGCUCUGCCGAUCCGGUUACAGAUAAUGGUGAAGAAUCGAACGUGUCAAACCCUCCAGUGACAUCAGCGGCUAGCGAGGGCGGCGAUGUAGAAGCGCCACGUUUGGCCCAGGCACCUGCUACAGAUCAGUUUGCGGAACGGAGGGAUGUCGUUCCAGUGUCCGAGAUAUUGGAUUACAUUCGGUCGACGUUCGACGACGAAUUAGUUUUGGAUUCGCUACCGGUUGAGGUCGCCGGGAACCCUGGAGCAUGGCAUGCAUGGCAGGCACAUCGUCGAGGGGGCCCUCGAGGACAACUGAAACGAGGAAGCCCGCAGGCUCGGCUUCCGGGGGAUUGGCAUUGGGAUGGAAUUUGGGCUAGGCGGGUGAAAGAUGAGAUUGAAAACUCUCAUUCUGAGCCGAUGUUGUAUGGAGGUGCUGGUCGUGGGGGUAUAGAUGAAACGAUCCGGUUUUCGCGACUGGAUGAUACAACCAUGAACUCAGUCAGGGAGAAGAUGGUUGCGAUGACGGGGAACGGGAUCCCUUCUCGCCGUUCGUCCCUUUCUACAAGCGCGGAAUACGAUUCAAGCGAGCUUGCAACAUCAACUAGAACCCCCUCUCUCAGUGAUAGUCUUUACAACAUCGAUGUGGUGAAAGUUCGUCAGGAUCAUACUACAUCUUCCCAAGGUAUUCGCAAGACUGGUCUUGAUAAUGAAGACCCGUUUAUUGACCAGACCUCGCGCCGCCGCGUUGGUCCUCGAAAGAACCUCAUGACCCCCAGUGGAUAUCAAUUGGCGCCACAACUCCUCGUUCGCUGGAGCUCCGGGUCUUACGGCUCUAUAGAGCCAUGUCUCUCGUCAAAGUCACCCUCGGAUUCCGGCGCAUUGGAACCGCCAGCAGAUACUAUCUCAAAGCAAAAACCCAGAGUGGAUAGUGGUUUCCGGUCUUUAUCAAACAUGCUGCGCCCAGGGUCAUCCGGGUUAAUCUGUCCCUUGGAGCUUCCUAUCACUUUUGCCAGAAUGAGAUCCUACGCAGGAUGGCCAUGCAUGGGCACCGAUUCGAUGUCUGUAUGGACGUCAGUGAAUGUAUCUGCCGACGUCGAGCCCAUUUCCCUGCCUGAGACCUCGAAUCUUGCACCCCUUGACAUUAUUAUACUUUUUGAUAGCUUGCAGCAGUCUUCAGUUAGCCUUGUGACGCCAAUGGUCCUGGCAUCGUCCGUGCUUACGUCAAAUCUGGCCAUCAACAGUGACAGAGUAGCAUUAGCCUGUGUUGACGGAAGCUCUAGAAACAGCUUUGAACUAUUGCUUCCGCUGGGGUUCCAAUCAUUCGAGACUUUGAGAACUGCUCUGAAUUCCUUCUCUCUCCGCCAGUUGAAAAAGAACAAGAGAAAAUGCCCCGAUGCAGGUAACUCCAUUCGACAGGUAUCCCGACUCUUUUACCAGUCUCCCAGAGCAGCAUUCUGUCAUCUAGUAUUCGUUUCUGCAUGUCCACCAGAAAAACUGUUCAUAUCUGACGUGGACACGGCUAUCGGUAUCCAUACAAUCUCCCCUCAGCUUCGCUUUCCUCUUUACACAGCAAACCAUCCACUUGGCUGGCACAUUUUCUAUGAUGCCGAUGCCGAUGAUCCACGAUCCCGCGAAGUUCAUUUCAUGCGAAAGGUCUCUAAAGUCGUUCGUCAGCUUCGUACGGGUCUCAGCCCUGGGGCCCUGUCGGACUUGAAACUGUUUGUUGAGCAGGGCCACGGAUGCCAGUUUGAGUCGGCAAUGGAAGACUGCCAUCUGUCGCGGCUACGACCAGGGGAGACCUGGGUCUUCAAAACGAAAAUUGGUGUGCCGAUCGGGUUUUAUCAGGAAACUCAAUUGACUGAACAUCCGGUGCUCGAAGAUUUGAUUCGGCAGAUCAACAGUGUUCUAAAGGCAUAUUCUUCUGAGCCGGUUGCGCAGCAUGUUCUAAGCACCCGCCUCGAGCAUCAGCACUCUUUGCUACCGAAACCGCACACUAUUUGUUUGGAUACUCACUGCACCAUCUCGCGCACCCCGGGUGUGCCACCCCGUUCUUCUGGCGAUCGUCGCAAUGUUUCGGCGCUAAUGUCCUAUGAACUGGAUGAUGAAGCUAUCAGUAUCAGCUUGGGAUCUUCAAGCGAACUCAGUUGA